AUGAAGCAAUCUGAACACUACGACAAUCUCAAACGGCAGCAGCAAAGGCAACAGCAACAAAAACAGCAUUUACUGGUGCAUAAGUUACAUCCUAUAAAACCUCAAACCCAAACCACCACCAGCGAAGACAGCAGUCUCGUGCGAGUUGGGUACGCGAACAGCGUGAACUCAGCUGCAGUCAGCGGUGCAAGGCAGCAGCAGAUAUUAAGCGAUUCAAGUAAUAGUGCUACCAUUGUCACUAUUGAACUGCCCUGGAAUCCGAUUAUAAAGGCUGGAGCGCAAUCACCUGCGGCCGCUUGUACUGCACCGAGUGCCCUUUCGCCGCUACAAUCGAUAACGUCCGUCGGAUCGGGUCCGGGUGCUGGCAGUGAACAGAACAGCUCCCAGCUGCCAGUGGUACGGUUGCAAACGACACCAUCGUCUACCCUGCGCACGAUCAACGGGACGACCACGAUCGUCCUGACGGGCAGUGGCACAGUACCACCCGCGAACAGUAACGAUCGAUCGUCACUGAAGUGUUUGGAAACGCUUGCCGAGAAGGCGGGUAUCACGUUUGACGAACCGUACGACUUCCUUCCCGACACGCUGGAGAAAUCCCAGAGCCCGGCGCAGGUGGCGCAACAGGCCACGGUGCCACUGCACCUCGCCCAGGAGCAACUACUGCAGUAUCAUCAAAUUCAGGCGUACGGUGGCACGAUCCAGGUGAAGCAGGAGUACACACCAACACCGACCGGUCAACCCGGAACGGCCGGCGUUGAUCAUCAGCAGCAACAGCAGCAACAAAUUCAGCAGCAGCAGCAGCAACAACAGCAACAGGCUCAGCAACAGCAGCAGCAAGCUCAGCAGCAACAGAUGCAGGUCCUGGCGGAAGCAAGCGGCGUGGCACCGUCCCAAAGCCCACACCAUGCCCAAACACUGCAGCAGCAGGCCGCCCAGCAGCAGCAGCAGCAGCAGUCGGCAGCGGCGGCCGCGGCAGCCCUGAACACAAUGUCACCGCUACAAGCGAUGACCACGGGGCAGCAGCUUUCGUCCACUGAUUGGCCGCACGGCCGUAUGGUCGUGCAGCAGCCGAUCUCGAACGCACAAUACCUCCAGCAACUGUACGGCACGCAGCCGAUCGUGUUCCCACCGCUGGGAGGUCAGCAGCAGUUUCAACUGAUCACUGCCUCCAAACCGUUCCAAGGCACACCGCAGAUGCUGACGACGACCACCGGCAAACAGGUGAUCGGUACAACCGGUGCGGGCAACUUCAACGGUCCAUUCACAUUCUUCUCACCGGUCAAUGUGGUUAACACGCAGCCCCAGGCCCAAGCGCAAAACUUACUUCCUGCACUCAGUGCGACCGCUGCACAGUCCGCGGUGGCCGCUGCAACUGGUGCAACCGGCAACAAAGCGGGCACUACCCAUCAGCAGGACAUGCAAAAAGCGCUACAGAAUGCUGUCGCUGCAGCCUCGGUCGCUGGUGCCACAUCGGGCCAGAAGGUUCAGCUGCAGAAGCUUGGCACGGCGGCAGGAUUAACCGGUGCGGCUGGAACGGCGCAGCAGCAGAAUUUAGCCGCACUGACACAGCAGCAAGCGGCAGCCGCAGCUGGACAGCAGUGCGUUCAGGUGUCUCAAGCACCGAUGCAAACGGCACAACUGCUCAGUCCGCUGCAGCAGCAAGGCCAGCAAAUGCAGUUCUCCACCCAGUGGCCACUAUCGGGGCAAAUUUGGUCCACACCGAACGGGCUUGUGGCGUCGAAUCCGAUCAUCAUUCGCGGUACAAAUCCGGACGGUACGCCGAAUGUGUUCUUUCCCAGUACGCAGCAAACACUGCAGCAGGCGCCACAGACCCAUAAUCAACUUGCACUGCCCUGUACGAUCACUCAGUCACCGCAGCAGGUGACCCAGCAGCAACAACAGGUGCAACAGCAGCAGCAAUCAGGCGGCCAAACAAAUGCUAAUCAAGCUGCAGGAGUGUCCGUUGGACAGGGUGGACCACUCGGUGCCGCAACCGGCGGAGCCACACAAUCCAUAGGAACAGGCGGUACACUGCAGACGCAAAAAGCUCUCACCGGACCACUAGGCACGAAGCAAGGCCAAAGGCCCCAGAUACUGCCCCAGGGUACGUCACCCAUUCGUCCGUCCGUGUCGACACAAACGGCCCAAGCACAGCAGAGUCUGCUCAACAAAGCGGGCAACAAGAUGCGCACGAAGCAACCGAUAGUGCGUCCGUCGGGGCCGAUCAUUAAGACCGAGCUGGGCACUGGCACGACAACACCGCAAAAGCUUGGCCAAACUACUAGCCAACCGACGACACCUCAGCAGCAACUGCAGCAGGUUGUUACCAGCAGUGGAAAAAUGGUCCUAAUGAACACAGGCACGGCGCUUAGUCCCGCGGUGCUCAAUAUGCCACUUUUGGGUGACAGUAAGCAGCAGCAACAGCAGCAGCUUCAGCUGCAACAGCACAUCAAAACGGCCCAGCAGCAGCAGCAGACAAACAAUCAACACAUUUUGCUACAACAGCAGGCUAUUUAUCAACAGCAGAUGAUGCAACAGCAGCAGCAACAGCAACAAGCACAGCAGCAGCAAGCACAACAGGCUGCGGCCCAACAGCAACAGAUACAACAGCUGCAGCAGCAAAUCCUACAGCAGGCCGCCGUAGCGGGACAAGCAAACCAGGCACAGCUGCUUACGAAUGCCGCUCAGCAGGGUCAACUGGUGCAGGCUGCAACGGCUGGUGGAGCGCAGCAGGGCAACAUAGUGCACCAGCUCGUAUUCCAACAGGGUCAACCGAAUCAACCGGGCAUGAUGAUCAACGUUUCCUCCGAUGCGCUGUUGCAGCAGCAGCAAGUGCAACAGGCACAGCAACAGCAACAGGUUCAACAGCAACAGCAGCAGGUCCAGCAGCAGCAGGCCCAACAAAAUGCUCUUCAAGCCCUGACCGGUCAACAGACGGUUGGUGGACAGGCUGGAAAGGGUGGCGCUGCUACCACAACGCAGAUGAUCAUGGCGACCUCACUGGGACAGCCAGGUGGUGCUGAUCGCACCACCAUCGUAUCGCAGGGUGGCCAGGCACUGCAGAUUGAUCGUAACCUGUUGCCAGUGUCCAUCACCAGCAUGGCGGGUAAUCCGAUUGUUGUCACGAGCAAUGGCGCCACUAUUUCGCCCAUCCAUCAAACGGCCAAUCAAUCGAACAUAGCCACAACCAAUGUUGUCGCAGCGGGUGCACUUCAGUCCACCCAACAGCACCACUCGCAGAUACUGGUGUCCUCGAUGCCUAACUCGGUGCAUCAGAGUGGCCAGAAUCCAAUCGUUGCGAUGACGUCACUGUCCGCCGCCCCGAUGUCAGUCGCUUCGAUCAUCAGCUCGGGUACGAUUCCAUCGAUUUCAGCCGGUGCCAUAACGACAACCGCAUCCCUCGGUCAGCAGCAGGCAACAUUGGUAGCGUCGACUGGUGGUGCUACGAACGCGCUGCUAAACGCCGGCAAAGAGCAGGACCCGAAAGCGAUCAGUGUAGCGAUGCAUCAGCUGCAGCAGCUUUCCACGCCUCAGAAACAGAUCCAACAACAGCAAUUGCUGGAUAAUAUGAAUGCUUUAGCAGCGGCAGCCAGCGGUACAAUGCUCGGUAGUUCACCGAUCGCUGGUGUAACUGUGGCUGGAAUGACGUCACUGCCUGGCUCACCGGCCACCUCAACGGCGAUGAGCAUUAUGAGCGCGGGAGGAAAGAUUCCCACCUCAAUGGCGCAGGGCGGUCUGAUCGGUUCUCCGCAGGCGAACCUCGGUGGUGUAAAGUUGGGCGUGUUCCAGACGCAAGGCGCUCAACAGAUUCAAUCCGGCAUCAUCGGCGCACCGCUGGAUGGGUCGGGAAAGGAAAAGUUGCCCGCAACGGCAGGCGGCACGGAAGCGAAAGAUUUGGACCAAUCAACGACGACAACUGCCGCCGGUGCACUUGCCACGGAUAGCGCAUCCGAUGGGCAAAUGAACGGUACCGCUAGUACUCCGAUGGACACAACACCCGCACCCGGUACCGGAACAACGGUGACCAAUUCAAACGGAUCCAGCACCGAUGCAUCGAAUCCACUGUCAUCGCUUGCCGCAGCCGUAUCUGCAGCCACGGCACUAUCUGCCUCUGCCUCGCCCACAACUGUGAGCACUGGCGCAACAGUGACCCAAAAUUCAUCAGCAGCAGCUACUGCUCCAGCAACGGGCUCAGUAGAUGAUGCGACAAAAGAUUUCAGUGCAGCAACGUCGACGGUAUCAUCGGCAACCUCUACCACCGCUACCACGACGAUGACGACCGGUGCAUCGAGCACCGCAACCUCCGCGGCUACAUCAUCCACAAUGCCUACGACAGCGAUCGCAACGGUUACGGGCACGUCAGCAAUACCGGUCAGCAACAUCGGCUCCAAUGGUAUGCUCUCCACGAACGGAAGUGUGUCUUCCUCCGGUUCGAUUGCAACGUCUUGCGUUACAACUCCAUCCACCGGUUCGAACGGCGGAUUGCCACCGAAGACGGGAAGUAGCGCAGAUAAGGGAGAUAUUCCAAAGGCGACGAUCAAACCGAAUGUGCUGACGCACGUGAUCGAGGGUUUCGUCAUACAGGAAGCGAAUGAACCGUUUGCCGUACAGCGACAACGAUACCCGGAGCGGGACAACUCUGACGAACCACCGAAAAAACGCUCUACGAACGAAGGAAAUAGUCCCCUUUCGCCAUCGAAUCAAAGCGGUGAUACGGGCAACUGUGAGGUUUGUGGCAAGGCGGAAAUACGCAGCAAGAUGAAGCGGAAACGAUUCUGCAGUGCGUCGUGUGCUCGCUCAGCUAAACAAGGCUCUCCGGAUCAGAUAGCCUCUUCCGUUCAGAACGGUGGAACUGGAAUACCGAUGUCAACUGCACCUUCCACAACACCAACCACCGUAGCGACGACGGUAGAUCCGUCGAUCGUUGGCUCUAUGAACGGUAUGCUUGGUACCGCAUCCAACCCAUCGGGCGUCGUGGUGCCAGGUGUCGAUCCAUCGCUCGGUACACUUCCGCUCGGAGCGCUAGCACCAACGCCGAUAUUAAAUCCUGCCAUCGGAGGAGUGCUACCAAACAUUAAGCUGGAUUUGGACCAACAACAGAUGCAGGCCGCCGGAGUACUACCAAUGGGUACGCUGGCACAACAGCAACAGCUGUUACAACUGCAACAGCAAACGGGGUUACUUCAACCGGCUGCAACCGGUAUGGGACAAGGGGAACCAACGUCGACCAUGCUGAUAACGGACGUAAAGUCAGCAUCCGUGACACCGGUGGCAGUAGCAGCUGCUGCUGCAGCCGCCGCUGGCGCUGCCAAUAGCGAUGAAGGAUCGUCCAUACUGCGAUGGUCUGUCCAGGACGUGUACGAGUUUAUUCGGGGGCUUCCUGGCUGUGCGGAUUAUGCGGAAGAUUUCGUUAACCAGGAAAUCGAUGGACAGGCACUGUUGCUGCUGAAAGAAAAUCAUCUCGUCAGUACGAUGGACAUGAAGCUUGGGCCGGCACUAAAAAUCGUGGCGCGAGUAAACCUCAUGAAGGCAGCCGUCGCUCCAACGGAAGGGCAACCACAGCCCGUUCCGUAAGCUCUCUUGAUGCAAUCGUGUUGCAUCGUUACAAAAAUGUAAAUACAGCAUGUAAAAUGCAAAUAUUGCACGUUCGCAAAAUGAUCUUUACUAGAUACUGUGAGAAGAGAAAUAAGGAAUCAUACACAUGAAGAAACACUGGAAAAGGAAAAAAGGUCGUGUCAGCAUUAUAUAGUUUGGAAAAUCAAAACGAUUAAUUUAUUAUAUCCAUCUUACAUACUCGUUGUUUCGCUAUAUAAAUAUUUUCCAUCCUUUUUUGUUUUGUUGUGCAACACCUGUCGCCACUAAUAGAACUGAUUAGACUUUUCGUUAAGAAAUAGCACAUACGGAAAAAAAACGUAGCAGCUAAGUUAAGGUAUCAUAGAAAUGAUAUAGCAUUUAAUGUAACAGCAACCAUAUAGAAUAGAACAAUGCAGCGAUUGUAAUGUCACAUUCAGAAUCAUUUGGAUUUCUCUCAGUAAACUGAAUUUCAAAGAAAAUCUUUAUAGUAUGAUGUAAAUACCUAGCUAGAUUAAAGAUAACAUACACAUUGAUGUAUUAUGAUAUGAAUAGAAUACGGAAGAUCCUGGAAAAUUACCAGAAUGUGAAGGAACUUUGCAGAUGACAAAUAAGUAAAAAAAUGUUUCUUGAGUAUGUCUUGCAUCAGGUGUUUUCUAGUACUAAUCUGGCCAAUUGAGAAAAACUAGCAGUUUUGUAUGAGCAACAAAUUCGCAGGAGAUUAGAACUCGUGAACAUAAUUUCAUUUUAGCGAGCGCGUCUGUGUUCAUCCGAGCGAAGGGCAGCAAAGCAGUGUCUCCAGAGUAUUUAUCAUUGGGCGUUGUAAUUUGCUAAACCGAAAAUUCUUCCGUGUAGACGUACGGAGAGCAUAACAGCCCUUGUAACUGACGCGUAUGACUGCAUUGCGUGCUAAUAAGGAGUAAAAAAGAAUAUUCUUUUUCGCAGUGUACAUUUUUAGAGAUAAU